GCUCAGCAGUGUCGGUGUGCCAGCCAGGCGGGACAGUGUGACAGAGAGGAGGGAGAACGAGGCAGGUUUUGCUGCAAGUGGAGGGACAAGUUGAUACUGCAGCACAGGGAGAAAGAGGAAGAAGAUGGGAUGAUGAUUCAUCGCAGCAGGAAAAGAAGAAAUCCCACUUGAGGACAAGAGCCGGCUCCACAUUUUUGGCCCUAGACUUUCACCUUCAGCAUCACUUUGGCCCCUUGCUCGGGAUGGGGAGCACCAAAGGAAGAGAGGAGACAAGCUGCUGCCUCCAGCCUGAAACCUCCAGAUGUAAGACUGCACCAGCAUCAUCUGCUGGCUGAGCACCUCUCCUCACAUCUCAGCUGGGGGGCUUCAUGCCCUGGGACAGUCCUGGGAGAUAGAAGGAGGAGGAGGAGGAGGAGGAGAAGGAGGAGCAGGCAGCAGGGAGGCUGGCUCAGAGAGAGCAGUGGUGGAGGGUGGUGGUUUCAGCUGCCUGUUUGCCGUAUUUUUGGAUGUGGGAUCUCCUGAAUUAAGCGAGCAAGUUGGAAUAAAGAUGUAGUGUGAGCUGUUGAGAGGAGGGGGGCAGAACAAGGAGAGCGCUGUGCUGAGGAGAGGAGACAGCUGGACGUCCCGGCUCUACGGACGGACCAGGCGGAGGGAGACGGAGACACAGGGUCCACUGGAUCAGGAAGGUAUGUUUUAAACUAAAAUACCUAUGAUGUAGAGUCAAAGAUGAAGAAAAUGCUCAUUCACCUCUGCAAAGGUCAAGCUCAGUGAUGACAUUUGAAUUGUAUAUAAUCAUGUAGCUAAAGGCCUUAUUAUCCCUCAGGUUUUCCAGGUAGAUGUUAAGAUUGAAAAGAGAGGAUGAAUGAAACUAUUCACAGACAAGGGGGAGCAUGUUCAACAGGGACUCAAACUCAAUGGAAAGUCUUUGAAAAUGUGAAAUAAGCAGCAUGAAAGCUUAGUCAGAAAAUGCAAGACAAAGAGGUGAGUGUGUUCUGGCUGGUGGGAUGAAUGUGUUUGCACUAUGAGGUAGAGAAAAUAUUUUUUAUGCCUGGCACUGUGAGCUUAUGUGUGUGGGAGGGAGGGAGAGAGAGCUUGUCAACUAAUCACUUGCUGCUUGUUUGUGCUUUGUUUUUUGGGUGAAGAUGUAAAAUUAUCCAGGACCGGCUCUGCUCUAUCAGUGUGGCAUGUAGUACACGUGCUGUUUUUCCUCUGUGCGGAGGCAGACAGUGUCCGUUUGAAAACAGUAGACAGGAACGCCUGUUUGAAUGCUCCUGGCGUCUCAAAAGAAAACGUUUGGUUUUCCAUGGCAUCACUGCCACGCUGGGCCGGGCUGGUCUAGUAAGUGUUUAUAGGGAGUUUGGUGGCAUUUGACAGAUUACAGGUACACCUUGAGACCUCUGGUGAAAUCCACAGCAUAUUCAGAUUCAUUGAGGAAACUGGAUACAUUUAGUUGGUGGGUAUGAUGGGAAAUUUAAAGUAGACUAACUUUUUUUCUUUUGGGGGGGGGGUCUCUUUAAUGGCACGUAAGUAUAAGCAAAGGGAACCAAGUGGUACCUACAAGCUCAUAUGAAGUGGGUUGAGAUUUGAGCCUAUUUCACUGUAUAUUAUGUUGAAUUGUGUUAUUAUGACUUACAGUCAUAACCUGAUACACAGGGGCCUAAUUAAAAAAUUUUUUGUUGAAUGCAAGUUUAAAAAAAAAAAAAAAAAAAAAAGAUUAUUUUAUGUCAUCAACCUUCUGGUACUAAUAUUUUAAAAGCCCUGAUAUACGAUAUCAAAUACCUGAAUUACCUGAAUCCAAAGUUAAUUUUCCAUGCUUUGGAUCAGAGUGUAUUGGGAUGGGGUAAACUGUCCUGCUAUAUUACAUAAUGUUGCAUUCAGUCUGAUGCAAUGUCAUAUUAGGUCACAGUAUGCUUUAUUAACUGGCAAUAAGUUAUGUUGCAAUAAGUUACAACACAGUAAGAUAUGUACAUUACAAGAUACAUUGUGAUAUGUUGAGAUCAUAGACUGUAUAUAGAAUGGACAGAGUCUGCCUCCUCGCUGGGUGAAGCCACUCCGAAAACAGCACCCUCUGGUGACGGGCUGCAGUAUAGGUCAUAAAUCCCGCCUCCUCCAGCAAUCCCCAUGAAGCUGUAGACAAACUUAAAAAAUUCAUAACACAGAAUAUAAAUUUUUCUCCCCCCUGGUUGUGAUGUUGAUAUGUAGUUACACUAAGACUGGUUUGUGCUUAAGUCCUCUUUUUUCUUUACAGCUCCAUUUUUAAAAGUUAUUAGGGGGUUUAUGUUUCAUAUGACUGACACUUGAUACAGCCUAUGGGCGAAAGAAGAUCGUGUAGCUCACCCUGGGGAUACGCUGUUUGCGUACAAUGCUACUGCACAAGUGAUGGAGUGUAUACAACGCUACUGUGCAAUCUUGGUUUCAGGAAGUGAAGAAAAAACGCAGAAUUACCGAGAGAUUUUUGGCUUCAAAUGCUUAUACUGAUGGAGGGCAGAACUAAGUUGUCCAUAGUAUAUACAGUCUAUGGUUGAAAUACGUUGCACUGUGAUACUUUGCAAUACGUUAUCUUGUGAUGAAUUACUUUGUAAUAAUUUACAUCAUGAUGUUGCAUUGCAGUAGGUUGCAAUGCAAUAAGUUAUGCUGAGGCUGGAUAAAUUGCAGUAAGUUUAAUUGCAUAACAUAGCCUUUUGUCAUGUUAUGUGAAAGCAACACUACCUUUUUCUGGUGGAAUAAAUGUCAUUCUUUAAAUACGUUGUUAUGCCACAUCGUAUUUCCUAAAUGCCACAAAUUCCUCAUGAGGUUAUGCUGGGUCAUGGUAGGUUAUAAACUCCAAUCAGAAAUCUUGUCUUUGCUAAGUAUGUCCUGCACAUGUGUAAGUGAUGUUUUUUGAAAACAGGUUGAUCUCAACCUGUUUUCUUUCAGCAGUGUAGUGGGUUACUCAUUGUGAGCACCUGCUUUAGAUAAAACAAAAAGCAUUUUUCUGACAUCUACCAAUUAACAACGAAUGGUCUCAUUUGUAUUUCGCAGGUUCUAUACCAGCAUCUGUUUAAACAUGUUUUUUUUAUAUAAUUGGCGUAACAUGAAGACUGGUGAUGUGCAUAUAAGAAGUUUCUUGCAUCAGUAAAAUCAGUGCUUAACUUGACAAGAGUUGAGAAGUUAGGGUCAUUUUACAAACUGCCACAGGGGCAGCUGUUGAGCAGAGCUAAUUUCUUACCAUUUAAAGUCCAAGCGUCUGAAUGACCCCUGUGACCUUGUUCAUCCCAGUGUAACAGCCGAAACAGGUUAAUUAUGUGUUGUCUUUGACAUUUUAACCUGUUGUUGUAACCUGCUGGACAGAGACUGCCUAAGAGAAAACAGGCUCUGAGCUCAGUGAGUAUGUGUAGUAUUAUAAAACAACAAAUUACAUUCAGUACAUUUUUUUUGAAUGGGUGUCCUUACAGUCUCAUCAUGUCUUAAACACAUCUCCCAGCUGUGAGUACUUCUUGAGAUUUUCCAUGUCUACAUCACUCCCAUCAUUAUGUAAUAAGGUCAGUAAAAGAGGAGCUUGUGCUACUAUAAACUGAAUGAAGACAGUGAGAGAGCCCUCUAGUGGCGAAGUUAUGAGAAGCAUUUUUAAAGGCAGGAAUGUCUGUUAUAAUCAUCAUCAUCAUCAUCAUCAUAAAAAAGUUUAUUUCUGCCUCAUGACCAUGACCUCUACUCUGUUUGAUCCUUAAUUGAACAUGUGCCCAACACUGAAUUGGUGGUGGCUGACAGUGUCCGUGGGAACAUGUCACAGACCAGCAUUUCUUUCCUCUAUUCAAACACUGCCUCCACACUUCCUCUCCUCUUCCUCUUGCUCCACCCAACACUCGUCAGUCAAGAAUAUUCCCUGCACCCUCCCCUUUUCUCCCCACCUCAGUCAGGUAAUAGUGCCUCCCAGAGCCAAAACAGCUUUCACCACCUCAUCCCUUCACCUGGACUCCUGGCCCACUUAGUCAGAUGGCCCAGAUGCAGGAGAUCCUCCCCAUGUGGCUCUGCCACAACUGGGACCUAACCAGGAAUACUACUGCAGUUUUCUAGCAAAGGAUUUUUACCUGGAUGUGUUGAUAAGCUCUGGAAUGAUUCUUUUCCUUUUCUUUUUUGGCUCUUUUUAAAACAUUUGGAGUUAUUUUAACCCUGGAUUAUUUGUCACAUGAUGAUUCAGGGGUCCUGUACACAGUUUCAUGGAUCACAUUCUGGAUUUGGAUGCAAACUUGGACCAGACUUUAAGCAAAAACAUCAGCACUUGUAUUUUUCUGUGUUUACACAAGUGGCUUUAAGAGCUUUCUGAUGAAGAGUACACCAUCGCUUUAUCCUAAAGGUGACUGUUUACAAGACAGCCCCAAAAACCCUCUUUGGACAUGAGAGCUAAGUGAAAAGCCAGAGGCUGUUUCAUGUCUCUCUUUCCCACAUUUUGCUUCAUCAAUGUUGUUUUCCCAGGACUGAAUCCCAAUGGAAGAUUUUAAGGUGAAAGUGACCUUUUCCCCUUUGUACUGUCAAAACUUCAUAUUACGGGGUCAGUUUCUGUGAGUCCCUGCAAAAUUUGUUCCCAAAUGUUGACAUUGCUUCCACAGCCCCAAAUGCGAUUGUGCCAAAAUGUUUUUGAACUUUCAGCUGCUGACUAGCACCGCUUAUUGAAUUCUGCCUUGUUAUGCAGUCCAGAGAAAAUGAAUCUACCUGACUUGUUAAUAAUUGAUGUUAUUUUGCCAAUUUUGUAGGACACUGGAAAGUAGUGAGCACAUUCUAGCUAAAAUAUGAAGAGUAGUUCCCCCAUCUUUUUAUCCUAGAGAGGCAGCAAACAUGUCAGAGUUGGGAUAGCCCAGCAGCAGAUGUCACCGUGGGGCUAAUAGCACCUGUCCCCCCUUUAGUCCCCUGACUAAUCUCAGCUCCUUGCCAGCCAAGUACCCCUCUGGUUACUGUGGCCUCUAAUCAAGCAGUCCAUGUCAGCUUGUUAUCUGACCCGAGGCCCUGAGGCGUUCAGCCCAUGCUGCCCUAGCCUGCUUCUAUAAUCCACCAUGGAUCACACAUUGAGCAGAAGCUCUUGUCUUCAGUGGCAAAUGUGAUCCACGUAGAUUUCCCAAAGGGACAUGCAGCGCACCAUGACUGUGAGGCAUCAAAGAAAUGGACACUUAAGUGUGUCUUGAUGCUGAAGGGAAAUCCAUAAAAGAUGUGUGGCUUUUAAACGGUUUGAAGUUGCGUCUUCAUGAUAGGUUUGGAAAGCUAUUGUUAUGGCUGGAUUGACAUGGAAAGAAUAAGAAGCGAACGUGGUGAAAUGAAUGUAUUACACAGAGAUGCAGCUAUCAGAAAAGUAAUGCUACACUCCUUUCAGAACAGCUGCUUCUGACUUUAUUUCCAUGGACUCAGUAUAAACAAGGCUGCAAAGACUAUGAUGUUCAAAUGUAUCAUUUGACCCUUUUUUUACUCAUUCUAGUCUCCUAUUUGUAACUGAGGCAAGAUAGUAGAGGUAUUUGGGAAUUUUGAAAGUGAAAAACAAGCAAGAACUUUGUAAGAAUUUAGCAAGUGUUUUUGUGUCAUUUCAUCAUUUGGCUGAUGAUUUUAUCUGGAAUGGGAGCAAAAACAUAAUUUGCUACAGAGUUAUCAAUAUGACAGUAAUAAGCGGUGAUUACCAGGACAAUGAAAACAAAAGAGAGAGGAGAAGACAUUUGGGAAAUCUGAUAUUAUUGUGAGGAAUGUCUUCCAAAACCUGGAUUCACAAGAUCCCUCUCUCAGUCAGUGUCACGAGGGCCGUUUUCUUUGACAUGGUCUAUGAAGAGGUAAAGGCCUGUAGUGACUAAAGUGUGAUUCAGUUCCUGCACGUAAAUUUGUACGUCCACUUAGAGACGAGGACAAAUAUAAUGAUGAGUUUUUCCCCCUGACCAGGUGGGCUGGUGGUUUGGGGGUAAUUUCAUGAAUGAAAGAACAGAAUUGUUCCUCCAUUUUGACUGGUCCUGAGCACUGGCCAAACCUCCGCUGGCCUUUAAUUAGAGCUAUUAACCCAGAGAGAGGAGGGGGGUGCCAGAGGGGCUGAUGGGAGGAGAAGGGGGGCAGUGGUUGACAGAAGGGCAGGUGGUGUUCAGCUGGAAGUUUUUUUUUACUUCAAGUUUCUUAGUGUUCAUCACACUUGAGAGAAGUAUGACUCUGUACAGGAUGUGCUGAUCAGAACAAGGUAGUUUGGAUAUAAAUAACAGCUGAGCUGAUGUUUGCACUGGAGCUGUUUUAGCAGUGAUACUAUUUAUUCCCCCUAGUAGUGUCAGUGUAUGGUAGUUUCACCAACAAUAGAAAUAGCUGUAUCUAAAAGUUAAAUUGAAGGUACUACUACUUACAAGAACAAUAGUAACUAGAAAAAUUGCAUUUCCUUGCAGAAAAUGUGUGGAAAUGCUGAGUGCUGAAAGCUGAAAAAGCAAUGCUAAACUGCUAAUAAAACAUGGAGAAAGGUAUAAAUGUUAAAGCUGUUGAAGGGGUGAAAAAGAAAUAUAAGUUGGAUAAUGGUUUAAUUGGUUGAAGGACAAAUAGUAUGAAUAUGCUCUAUAAAAGGAAAUUUUAUUAAUGCUUAAAGAGGCUAGAAAAAUGUCUAAAAUUGCACAAAGUUUGAAUGAAGAAGGAAAUUGCCUUAAAAGGCAGGAAGGUGAGAAGUGGCAUAAGUUUAAGUUGUAGUGCUAGAAGUAGUAUGAUAAGAAGUCAAGUAGUGAUACUAGUAGUCAUGUAAGCAGUAGAAGUAGUUUGAGAAUAAAAGAAGUAUAAGUCAAAGUAGUAGAGAAAGUAGAAAUAGUAGCAAUAGCAGCAGUAGAGAAAGUAGAAAUCGGAGCAAUAGCAGUUGAAGUAGAGGGGAAAGUACUAGUUUAAUUGACAUUAGCAGUAGUUGUAGUACUAGAGGUGGGAUUUUGUUUGAAGGAUGGAAUAAUGCAUAAAUAUUAAAACUAAUUUAAAACAGGAAAUUUUAAAUAAUUAAAAAUCCUCAAGUAUCAGAAAGAUUUUAAGUGUUAAAAAGGUUUGAAUCAGUUUGAAUGAGUUUAAAUUAGUUUGAAAAAUUAAAUAAUAAAUCAUCACUGAGUGACUUUAAAAUGUGAAAAAUUUAAAUGCAUAUAAAUCCUGAAUACACCCCAUAAUGUCCUCAAUGAGCUUAAAUUUUAAAGCCCUGAAUGGUUUCUGUAGGUCAAAGGUCAUGUGAGGAGAUAGGGGCUGAAGUUUUUUCAAGCGCUCUAGGAAAGGGUUUUAAGUGUCAUCCCAAGUGCUAUGUGUACUGAGCCUGGCUUCAUGUGUCUCAUAUGGCCAUUAGAAGCAGCUUUCCAGUCAGCUGUGUGUCUCCAGGUGCACAGAUUGGUUGCCAUGGGGACCUUGGAUGCAAAACUAUAGCAGGAGAAAGAAGGCUUGAAGCUAAGGAAACAGGACUCCAAGUAGGCCCUGACGCUCAUCCUCUGUAUAUAUUCAUGAUAAGGAGCUUGUGAGAACACAAGACUCUGCUGAACACAUUAAUACAAUUUAUUAUCACAAUCCUCAAAACACCCCAUAACAUCUUCAAUGAGCUGAAUUUUUGAAGCCCAGAAUGGUUUCUGUAGCUCAAAGUUUGUGGGUGGAGAUAGGUGGUGAAGCAGACACAUAUUAACUGUGUGUACAAUCCAUAGACUGUAUAUAAGAUGGACAGAGUCUGCCUCCUUGUUGGGUGAAGCCACUCCGAGAACAGCACCCUCUGAUGGUGGGCUGCAGUAUAGGUCAUAAAUCCCGCCUCCACCAGCAAAGCUUAUGGGACUGUGGACAAACUUUAGAAAUUUAUUACACAGAACAUAAAAUUUUCUUCCCCCUGCUUGUGAUGUUAACAUGUAGUUAUUGUAAGACUGGUUUGUGCCCAAGUCCUUUUUUUUCUGUACAGCUCCGUUUUUAAAAGUUAUUAGGGGUUCAUGUUUUCUAUGAUUGACACCUGGUACAGCCUAUGGGCGUUCAGGGAUUGUGUAGCUCUCCCGGGGGGAUACGCUGUUUGAGCCGAGCGUCAUCACAGGGACUCUCUGCGACUACGCGGCCGAAUGCGCACAACGCUUCUGCCCAGAAUUACCCGGAAUUACAGAGAGCUUUUUGGCAUCAAAUCCGUAUAGAGGCAGAAGGCGGAACCACGGUGUCCAUCUUAUAUACAGUCUAUGGUACAAGCAGCUGAACUGCAAGGUAGACCUCAUAAAGCAACAAGUACAAGAAUAAGUGUGUGUGUGUGUGUGUGUGUGUGUGUGUGUGUGUGUGUGUGUGUGUGUGUGUGUGUUUGUGGGCGUGGGAGCGAUAUAUAUUCGAGCAAGGUUCUGUCGAUCAGAGACAAGGUCUGCACUCUAGCUUUUCAAAUAGUCACUCUAGCCUCUCCAAUACACACCCAUUAUAAAGGCUGAAAAUUUGCUGAAAACCACGAGGUGCUUAAAGCUAAAUUGUGGGAAAACUGUAGGAGAUAGCACAAAAAAGUCAUACAGUAUAUUUAGAGGAGAAGAUUGUGAACAUUGUAAAGCAAAAAUGAGGUCUCUAGGUGAAAGUAUGCUGAAGUUAAGAGGCUUAGAAGAUGGAAGAGAAAAAGGUAGAAUUUUAAGACUUCCCUAUUCAUUUCUAAUGGUACAAAUUUUGCACAAAAAGUAAAAAAAAAACAAAAAGUAUAAAUGGUAGAAAAGCAAAAAAUAUAAGCACACAUGUCCUGAAGGAGUGGAACAGUUUAAAGUUUGAACGGUUGAAAUAGCACAAAGUUUGAAGGAGUUGAAAAACGGCGGAAGAAUAAUAAGAUUAAAGAAACAGGAGAGAAACAAAAAGUGGAAAUGCUUAAUCAGCAAUUCCACUUCAUAAUAAAGAAAUAGGAGAAUAACAAUAAGUGGAAAUGCUUAAUCAGCAUUUCCACUUAAUAAUAGUAGCUUAGUAAGUAAUAGCCCUGUUUUUACUAUGUAAUACUCCUAAUAAAUGAUAAAUUAGGUUGUCAAAAGUCAGAAUGAUAACAAUUUUUAGUCAGAAGAUACUUUUUAAGCACGGGCAAGACAACCAAUAACUGCAUCGUCCACAGGGGGCACCAAAACUGACAAAAGUUCCUCACUGGAGCUUUAAAUGUUGUUUGUCAAUACCAACUCUAUCCUUGAUUCUCAAGUUGCUUCAACUGUCAACAACGGAAACACAUAGGAGACAUUUAUAGCAGAAGGUUUUUAUAUUUUAAUAUUAUAAUAAUAAUUAUUAUUAUUAAUAUUAUUAUUAUGCUAAUAAGGGCUGAUAGUAGCAUCUGCUGCAGCAAUGAUAGUUUGGGCAAAAAGUUUGCUAUCCUAUUUUUAGGGCUUAGAGGACUUGUAUCUGGAGUAGAAGUGGAGGCAGCAGGGGCAGGUUUAUUGGCAAAAGAAGUGAAAGAAGCAGCAUUAAAAGUAUGGGGUUCUCAAAGUGAAACAUGUUCAGUAAUUUAACAAUAAUUAAGUAUAAAGUAAAGUAUAAAGCAGUUGGGUGCUAUUCGUAACAUUAGCUGUAAAUCAGAGCCACACUGGGCGGUUACUGUUUCCCUGGUUCUUAUGGCUCUGUAUGAUGUCAGUGACUGGUGCUGGUGAGCUCCAGCUGAUGGUGUUUGAUGAAAGGUUUAAAACAACAAACAGGAAAUGGCACUUAGGUCAGCUAAUGAGACGUUACAGGGUCCCUCUGUCAGAGCUUUCAGUCAGACUCCAGAAUCCGGAGGCCCUCGUCUCGUUCUCACCUGGUGUGUACAACAGACCUGUGUUGAUCAGCUGCUUUCAUGUGCUGCAUAACAUGCUCAGGUUCCUCAUGUGUUUGUGUGUGUGCAAGUUUGUGCUUGUAAAGGAAAACUGAUGUGCAGUAUUCUGAAACUUUGCAACAAAUGUCUUUUCACCUACUUGUAAUUCAGUUUUGUCUCUCAAUGCCUCCCUCAUUUUCUCCUUCUCCUUCAUCUCAUCUUCACUUUUCUCAAUUCCCUUCAGAUGCCCUCUCGCUGCAGGAAUGCGGUGAACAUCGUGAUCACCACCCUUUUUGCUGCGGUGGUCCUCUUCACCAUCCUGCUGGCCUACGUCACAGGUGAACCUCAGAUAUGUACAUACAUGCAGGGUCAUAACCUACAACCAAACAGAAGUGCUUAUUUCCACAAUAACCCUGAUCCGGCACAGCAGAAUGAAUUUUGUUCGAGAUGAAUGUAAGACUCUUGAAGAACAUUAAAUGUUAUUAGAGUUUAGGCUCUCAAUAUCACAGGUUAAUAAUAACAUAAUACCUGACCUUGUAAAAGUCAUGAUAAAAUGCUUCAUAAGGUGUUGUGAUUCUUGCUAUAAAGCAUUAUGAUCAUUUAUGAGUGUUUAUAACCAUAGUUAUACAGUGCUAUAACAUGAUUAUAACCCAUUAGACAUAUUUAUAAUGUGUUAUAGAGAUAGGCGUCAAGUAAAGCGUUACCAUUACUUUUGUAUGUGUUUCCCCAUAACUCUAGGCGGUAGGUCAUAUAUAUCAUAUAUAUUAAUGCACAAUAUAAAAUAUAAAUUGCUUUCUGGUUGAAGAUUUUACUUGUUUAACUCAGGACAGCAAAGCUCUGUGCCAACUUCCCUUGAGCAUAUUUGAUAUGUGGCUUCCAGCAGAUUUUGUGGUCGAGAAUCACACCAAAGAAUUUUAUUUUUUUUACCCUUUAUCUGCGUUUGCUUUAGAUGUUAUUAGAGUUUAGGCUCCUCAAUAUCACAGGUUCACCCUUUUUUCUUAUUUGAGACUAUUGAGUUUCAGAAACCUCAGAAAUUCCAUUGACUGUUAUUCAUUUUGAUAGACAGCUUUCACCCAAAAGAGGGCGUGGUUGAUUUGGAAGCAGGAGGUGAUAUUUGAUUUCUUUUUUCCAUUUACGUUUUAUUUUGAAGGUAUAUUGCACCCUUUACCAUUUGCAUUUUUUUUUUUGCUUGAAAAGAGUUUCAUGUUUGACAUCUUCAUAGCAGUUCAUGAGGAAAACAAAACCCACCAGCUCAAUAUUUUUCCUUAUUCAAUAUUUUUUUUGGAAAUAAAAAACUUGUUCAGGAUUUAGAUUUUUUCUUUUUGAUAUUUUAUUUUCAAAUGGGACAAUAUGCAUUAAUCUGCAUGUAAAUGCAUCUGCAUGUAAUUUCCAUCCUGAGUCCCAUUGUAGGUUGGUGUCAACACAUAAAACCAAAAACAAACAUCAAAAAUAAGAAGUGAAACACACAGAGCAUGUUGAGUAUUUCUCCUUGUAAUACCUGAGUUAAAAACCAGAAAAAAUAUCGAUUUUUACACCUUUUCUGGUGAAAAUACAAUGAAAUGAGUGAAACAGCAUUAUUGUUACAAUGCUUGUAAAACCACACAGUGUAAUCCAUGGUGUAAACAGGACAAUCAAGACAGAAUAUAUAUUUCUGUAUUUUUAUUUUAUGCAUUUUUUUUAAACAGCAACACAACUCAACACAAAACAAAACAUGAAAAACAUACAAACAUGAAAAACAUACAAACAAAAAAGCUUGGAAAGUUUGAGAGGGUUUGAAAGGGUUUGGGGAAGGUUUGGGGAGGGUUUAGGAAGUUCAGAGGGGUGAGGAAGGGUAAGGAAGGUUCGGAGGGGUUAGGAGGUUCAGAGGGGUGAGGAGGGGUUAGGAAGGGUUUAGGAGGUUCAGAGGGGUGAGGAGGGGUUUGAGAGGGUUAGGAAGGUUUGGGAGGGUUGAAAGGGUUAGAAAGUGUAUGGUGGGAAGGAGAGUCCAGGGGUUUAGUCCUCACUGGAGGUGAGGUCAGUGUCCUGAGGGGUCCUGGUGUUCCUUUUAAAGAAGCUUAGGAACCUCUUCUUCCAGGUCUUCCUAGGUUUCUCCUGGGUGGUUUCCAUCUCCUCCUCCAGAGUCUCUAUUCUUUCCAGAAGGUCAUCUGGUGGUGUGGAUUUUGGUGCCUCCUUCUGCUUCAGAGCCUGCUUGGUGAUGUUUAAGGACUCCAUCACCUGGUUCAGGGAGGCCUGCAAACUGCUGGAGAUCUUCUGGUCCUCAUCCAGACGUGCCCUGUCCUCCUCCCACUGGAGCCUCUGGUCGGUCAGGUCUUUGCAAGCCAGAUGGAGAGCAGUCUUUAGCCGGUCAAUAUCCACAGCAUGCUCUGCCAUCAUACAUACCUCGAACCUCUCCCAUUGAUGUUUGAGCUCAUCAAAGCUCUACUUGUCCAAGUCCCACUCGUUCUUCUGGGUCUUCAGGUCUGCCAGAUCAUUUUCCAGUGAUGCAAUUGAUCUCCUGGACUCUUCACUCUCAGAUAGGAGGCACAAUCUCUCCUCCUCCAACUGGUGGCUCUUGAUCACUAACUCUUUUUCAGAUUCAGUCAGGGCAGCCUUGACGUGAGACAGAUUGUUAGUGAGCUCUUUAAGGAGACAGGUCUUUUCCUCGUUCUCUUGCUGAUUUUGGGCCUCCGGGUCUUCGACAGCCUUUUGUAAUGAAGAAAUCAAACUCCUGUCCUCUUCAUUCUCAGACAGGAGGCACGAUUUCUCCUCCUCCCACUGGUGGCUCUUGGUCACCAACUCGUUUUGUGCAUCAGUCAGGGCAGCCUUGAUGUUGGAAAGAUCGUCAGUGAGAUCUUUCAGGAGACGGGGCUUUUCCUCCUACUCCUCCUGCUGCUUUUGGGCCUUCAUGUCUUCCAGGUCCUUUUCCAAUUGAGCAAUCAAGCUCCUGGACUCUUCAUUCUCGGACAUGAGGCAGUAUCUCUUCUCCUGCCAGUGGUGGCUCUUCGCCACCAACUCUUUUUUGGCCUUUGUCAGGGCAGCCUUGAUGUUGGACACCUCUUCACUGUGCUCCUUCAGAAGACGAGUCUUCUCCCUCUCUUCCUGCUGCUUUUGUGCCCUCAUGUCUUUGAGGGCCUUUUCUAAGUCAGCAUUUUCAGAGAGAAGCUGAGUUCUCUCCGUCUCCCAGUUGCGACUCUCGCUUUCUUCAAUUUUAGGUUUCAUCCGUGCAGGUUUCUUGGCCUCUGCUGCAUGGGGAGCUUCUUGUUUCCCAGCCUUAAAAUUGGAUGGGCCAUCAAGGUCUGGACCCUGUGGGUCACAGAGGUCCUCAGGCCCCAAAUCUUCAAAAGGAUCACAAUACUGAUUCAUAAGGAUCCGGGUGCCCUUGCCCUUGCGCUUGUUCUUCCCUCUCUUGCUGUUCAUCUUCUCACUUGUGCUCAUUGUCUCAAUCCUCUUUGACUCAGUUGAUCCUUCUGUCUUGCUUGACUGGCUGGACUGAAGUGACUGAUUUAUAACAAUAAGCAUAACACAUUAUAAUACCUGACCUUGUCAAAAGUCAUGAUAAAAUGCUUUAUAAUGUGUUAUGGUUAUUGCUAUAAAGCAUUAUGAUCAUUUAUGAGUGUUUAUAACCAUAGUUAUACAGUGCUAUAACAUGAUUAUAACCCAUUAUACAUAUAUUUGUAAUGCGUUAUAGAGAAAGGCGUCAAGUAAAGCGUUACUAUUACAUUCAUAUGUGUUUCCCCAUAACUCUAGGCGGUAGGUCAUAUAUAUUAUAUAUAUUAAUGCACAAUAUAAAACAUAAAGUGCUUUCUGGUUGAAGAUUAGACUAGUUUUACCCAGGACGGCAAAGCUCUGUGCCAACUUCCCCUGAGCAUAUUUGAUAUGUGUCUUCCAGCAGAUUUUGUGGUCGAAAAUCACACCAAAGAAUUUUAUUUUCUUUACCCUUUCUUUGUGUUUAUGUGUUUUCUUUAACAAGUUGUCAAUGAUCUGCAACACAAUGAACAACAACAUAAAGAUGGGCACAACAGCCACUCCAGGACCUUACUUUAGUAAAAACUACUUCUAUUCCGGCGUAAAAUUAAUUUAGGGUCAAACACACUGUAACGCCAAGUUAGACACCCCCUUAAGAGAUUAACGUUGCAGACUACUUGCUUCUCUAGUUUUACCAACUUAAGUAACAAUCGCAGAAAAGUGAUACACAGUGGUCUGAGGAGCCAUCAUCAAACCUCAACCAAAAAGCCACUCUUUAGCCACAAAUAAUGCUCAGAACAGCUCCUAACUUCAUCAACUGUACAUACAGGGUCCCAGUCACAGCACUAGCCACCAAACAUCUUUUUCCCACCAAAGAGACUAAACACAACUCACUUCGUUAGGUGCUGUUCUGAGCAUUAUUUGUGUAUAUAGAGUGGCUUUUUGGUUGAGGUUUGUUGAUGGCUCCUCAGACCACUGUGUAUCGCUAUUCUGUGGUCGUUACUUAAGUUGGUAAAACUAGAGAAGUAAGUGGUCGGCAACAUUCAUCCCUCGAGGGCAUGUCUAACUCGGUGUUACUGUGUGUUUGACCCAAAAUUAAUUUUACACUGGAAUAUCCCUUACAUGAGAACUUACCUUCAUAGACUUCUAUAUAUACACCUGGUAAUCAAAAAGACAGCAGGUCUUAGGCAUUGCCAUAUAAACCUCACCUUUGAAACACAAAGAUAGAUUGUAGACUUACUAUAUCUACAAUCUCUAGAUUCAGAUAAAUGGUUGUCUGUCUUUUCACUGGUUUAUCUUUUGUUUUUAUUUUCUAAAGGCUACCAGUUCAUCCACACUGAGCAGCACCACCUCUCCUUCGGCCUCUAUGGUGCCUUCCUCUCCCUCCACCUCUUCCUCCAGAGCCUUUUCGCCUUCCUGGAGCAUCGUCGGAUGAGAAGCCCGGCCCGGCCACAGCACCUCCGUCGAUCAGUGGCUCUGUGCAUUGCUGCCUACCAGGAAGACCCAGACUACCUGAGGAAGUGUCUCCGCAGCGUCAGACGGAUCUCCUUCCCUGGGCUGAAGGUGGUGCUGGUGGUUGAUGGAAACCGACCUGAGGACCGCUACAUGAUGGACAUUUUCCAGGAGGUGAUGGGCGGAGCUGAUCAGGCUGGCAGCAUGGUGUGGAAGGGAAAUUACCACAGUGAUGGGAGUGGAGGAGGAUGUGUGGAAAGAGGAGGGAGGAGCACGGUGCACAUGGAGGAGGCACUGCGAGUGGCUCGACUGGUCAGAGGCUGUCGCUACUCCUGUAUAAUGCAGGAGUGGGGAGGGAAGAGAGAGGUGAUGUACACUGCCUUCAAAGCGCUGGGGGACAGUGUGGACUAUGUUCAGGUAAAUGGUAGUCAUGUACUUCUGCACUUAAGGUGUGCAGAAAAAUAAUGUUCAGAAGUUAAUUUUAGGAAUUUGAGAAGUCCAAUAGUCCACUUUACUAAGGUUUAGUUUACAACUACCUCUCUGUACUGUGUGUCUCUGGUCAAGUGAGAAGACAUAUAUCAAUUCAGACUGGGUUUGAGAGUCCAUAUAUUAAGUACUUAAAAGUAUGGUUGAUGAUUGGAGAAACCCCCUGAACCUGUAUCGCCCUCUCCACGACACACCCCCUCUGGCAGAGCAAGAAGCCGGCCGGCAGAAGAUCCUACGCUAGCUUCAAAUAGGAUUCACCAUGUCGGAUUGCUAGUGACCAGUGGCAGUAAACAGCAGCUCUGCUAGCAAGCACCAUCUUCAGCUGCCUGGACAGCUACCAUGUUGACAUUGCAGACACUAAUAAGAGUUAUUAGUGUAACAUGUGCCACGAUAAAAGGCAAAAAUUACCUGUUCAACAAAAACUCUGCUAUCUCGGCGUCUGUUUUCAGGCCCAAAUCCUGGCAGAGCUUUAUCCACUGCUCGAAGGAUGACCCGAUGUUUAUUCGAGUUAGAUUCCUCGCUUGGUCACAUUUCCUCUUCGACUCUGCCCUUUCUACUGUCGGCUUGCGUUUUCUUCCCUCUUUUAAUGUUGGGACAAGCAGAAGUGUUUUUGUUUGUUAUUUUGUUUUUUUUUUGCGUCCUUCUCCAUCACAGCUCCUGCAGCUAAGCUGCUACGCUACUUUCAGUCGCUCAGAGCUCCGAGGAGGGCCGGAAGAGUGGGAGGGGACGAGUCAGAACUACGGGAGAGGGGUGUGUCAAAUACAGCGAGGUGAUUUGAUAGAGAGGUGGAGCAGGAGAGCAGUCCUGGAUGGAUGGCUCCCAUUGGUCAUUGUUUUUGCAGCCCUGCAGCUGCUAGGGUGAAUAGAUUUUUUCCAUUCUUUUUUCCUUUCACUUUGUGGAAAUCGCACUAUUGGACCAUGAUCGUCAUAUAAAUGAGAUUCAUAAUAAUUAGCAAUUUCUCCAAUCUCCAACCAUGCCUUUAAUGAGCCACCACCAUAGUAUUCAGGGUUAGGAAGCCUUUCACCUAUUUCAUACAUAUCUGUGUGAUGGAUCAGGUUGCACACAUAAGUUGCCGUUGCAAGAGUUGUGGCAAAAGUUUGAACUAGUCAAAACUGAAAGAGAUUUCAUAGAAAGUGUGACAAUUAAAUCAGAAAUUGCAUCUUUCAAUCACCACUGCCAUGUCACUGGUGCCUAUCUGAGCUGAAAUUUGCCUGUUCUGUUUGAUUGUUCUGUCCAACCAACUUCAGACAGUUUGCGUCUAUUAAAUUACGAGAGAGUUUGGCAGCACACCAACAACAAAAUAUUUCCGUUAAAGAAGAAGGAAAACUUGAUACAUAGUGCCUGUUGUGAGUCUAUCUAUCUAUCUAUCUAUCUAUCUAUCUAUCUAUCUAUCUAUCUAUCUAUCUAUCUAUCUAUCUAUCUAUCUAUCUCUCUCUCUCUCUCUCCCUCCUUCUCUCUCUCUCUCUCUCUGUCUCCAUCUAUCGAUCUGAGAACUGAAUUCCAAACUGGUAAAUGCGUUCUGGACAACCACCUCUUUCUCUUCGUUGCCAGCUGUUACAUGACCUCCGUACUUGUGCUCUGGGUCAAAUGUCAUCUCCACAGCUGACCCUGGUCUGUGCCACCUGGAUUGUCUGUCAACAGCCGUUCAUUUCUGUUGUGAAUUUUAACGUCUCUUUACUGAGUGGUUAAUGACACACAGUAUUAUAUACAGCAUUGUAGCACUGUUCAUUUUGUCAUCUUAUUCCACAGGUGUGUGAUUCAGACACUGUGUUAGAUCCAGCAUGCACCAUAGAGAUGCUGAAGAUCCUUGAGGAUGAUCCAAUGGUGGGAGGAGUUGGUGGGGAUGUUCAGGUAAAGUGUAAUACUUUCAGGGAUGAUAAAUAUAAAGAUGACCCAAGACAAAGGAAACUAUCCAAGCUUUUGUUUUGUUUUUAAUAUGCGUAAUUUUUCUUUGUUAGCCCAAGUAUCCACUCUGUCUCUGAAUUUUCUAAUCCCUAAAACUGGGACCUUUGGAAAGGCUCUUCUCCAUGGUCAUGGUAUCUCUUGCCCUGGUAUACCACAGUGCUAUCACAUGACUUUGUUGAAGACGAAAAAAAUAAUAAAAAUAAAAUAAAAACUAUCAGCAAAGAGCCGUUGACCCAGAUAAUUCAGGGUAAAGACAAGAGAUGCAUCUGACCCUGCUAUCCACCAUUGCUGUUCUGGUGUAAAUUAACCAUUAACCACCAGAUUCAAUCUAGCCAAGAGGCUCUAAGCUCAGCAGCUCCAGCUCUUUGUCUGUUUAAGGGAUGACCAGCAAUAAUGUUGAGUCAGCUUUGCCAAUUUGGGCUUAAAAAUCUGUAUGUGUACAAGUUUUUUUUUAAGUUUUCUUAAAUUGUAUUGUAUUGUUUUACACAGUCUAUAGUCCAGACAGAAUUUGUUUUUUAUUGUCAUAAAGAUAAAAACAUAGUCGUGUGGAGAAAUCCUUGAUCUUUGGUCGGGAAGUAAACCAACAAUUUUGGCAAGCCAUGAAGAUUUUUAUAUGUUGUGAAAAUUUUUCCAUUAUCUUCUUUUGGUGACCUUUUAGACUAAUUUCUAUCCUUCAUGUCCUCCAGAUCCUUAACAAGUACGACUCAUGGAUCUCCUUCCUCAGCAGUGUGCGCUACUGGAUGGCCUUCAACAUUGAGAGGGCCUGUCAGUCCUACUUUGGAUGUGUCCAGUGUAUCAGCGGCCCUCUUGGGAUGUACAGAAACUCCUUGCUUCAGCGCUUUCUGGAGCCCUGGUACCACCAAACCUUCCUAGGCUCUAAGUGCAGCUUUGGCGAUGACCGCCACCUCACCAAUCGGGUGCUCAGCUUUGGCUACAAGACAAAAUUUACGGCACGAUCACAGUGCCAGACUGAAACCCCAACCCAGUACCUGCGCUGGCUCAACCAGCAGACUCGAUGGAGCAAGUCUUACUUCCGUGAGUGGCUCUACAAUGCCCUGUGGUUCCACAAGCACAGCCUUUGGAUGACCUAUGAAUCUGUGGUCACCGGCUUCUUUCCUUUCUUCUUGGUUGCCACAGUGAUUCAUCUCUUCUACCGUGGAAGGUUGUGGAACAUCCUGCUCUUCUUACUGACGGUCCAGCUGGUUGGGAUGGUGAAGGCCACCUAUGCCUGUUUCCUUCGUGGCAGUCUGGUCAUGAUUUUCAUGUCUCUUUACUCUCUGCUCUACAUGUCCAGCCUGCUCCCUGCCAAAUUAUUUGCCUUGCUCACCAUCAACAAAGCUGGAUGGGGCACAUCAGGACGCAAGAAGAUUGUCAUCAACUUCAUUGGUGCAGUCCCAGUCACGGUGUGGGCUUUGGUGCUGCUCGGAGGUGUGGUGUACACAAUCUACUGUGAAACCCAGGAGCCAUUCAGUGAGACAGAGAAAGCCUUAUUGAUAGCAGGUACAAUACUCUAUGCUUGCUACUGGCUCAUUCUGUUGGUGCUCUAUCUGGCAAUCGUAGCCAAACGGUGUAACAAGAGAGAAGAGCAGUAUCACCUACCGUAUGCAGAGGCAUAAACCUGUUCCCAAUGAUGCUGGUAGAACAUCUGGGCCGUGUUUUUCUACGGUAUGAUUCUGACAGGGUCUCUGUUGACCUUGGGGCCUGCUCGAGUGAUCAGCUCACAUCUUCAUCACUGGUGCUACAGAGAUGUGAAACUGAUAUCGGGCACAAAGAAUUGAAUUUAGUUGGGGGGACUAUUCACAAUGAGUGGGUCCAUUCAAUAGCUCUCCCAUACAUAUUAGGCUCACUGGUGCCUCAUGUUGAAAAUACAAACAGAUCUGAUCCAGUUAAGAAAAUGCUCACAAUUGAGAUAUAUUGAGAGGAAUCGAUAAAUUAGGUUCAGGUUGGGGUGAAAAAAAAAACAGUAUGAUGCUCUGGAAACACAUGAAUAAAGCAGGAAAAGAGACAAAAUGAAUGCCCUGUAUUUUAGUAAAGUUCUGUUAUUGGUAACAUACAUUAGUAAAUGAACAAGUUUAACUCCACUGUUAAAUGAAAAUAGGAUUGAAAACCAGGAAUGAGUUUUGACAUUGGAGUUAAACUAUGAGGUUCUCAGGUGGAUGCAAACAAAUUUGAGAAGCUCUGUUAAAUCCUCUGAAAAAAAAGCCUUUGCAUCUUCAUCUGUACAUUUUGUUAAUGUGUCACCUUGAGGGUAAAAAUGUGGGCUUAUUGCGAUGCUUAAUUGAUCUAAUUUAAAACCAAAUAAAGAUAAGAAGAAGAAGAAGAAGAAGAGGAAGAAGAAGAAGAAGUGGAAGAAGAAGAAGAAGAAGAACUGGAGUAGUUGAUGAGCUGAGAGAUGAGAAAUUAGUCACUUGAGUUUGGAUGCAGAGCUAACUGUUGCCAGUGAGUAACCAGGUGGCGCUCUAGCUGUUUGUGAAAAGACGUGAAAAGUUUGGUUUGUGUUCUGUCUUCAUGCACAUCAAGUUAUAUCUCAAAAAUUUUACAAGUCUCUCUUAACACGACUCACAUACCAUAUGCUAUUUGGUGGCUGUAAUCCUUUCCCCUCUCUGUACUGGCCACAACGAGUGACUUAAAGUUUCCACUGUAAUAAGAAGAAGGUUUCAUCACUUCUUAAGAUAAAUGCUUCAAACAUAGUAAAACAGGAACAGCUAGGCUAGUGACCUAAAGCGUUACUUCUUUACAGGAAAUUCACCACACUGGCUGUAUUUGUACAUGCAGCUUAAAGAAUUCAUAUCCCUGAUGGCCACUUGAACCAUAGGUAUGUGAGUAAAGUGUCAAGAUAGGCUUUAAGCCUGCUAAAACAUUAUGACUACUACGAAAACUCUCCAACAUUCACCUGAAAAGCAAAGCACUUCAGGUGCUCUUACUCGUCCUUGGAUGUGAUGGGGUUGAUGUCUUCAGAAAAAACUCAGAGACAGCUUGAAGACCAGUCAUCGUGUGAUCUCAUUGUCCUUAAACAGCACAAUCAUUUGCUCUGGCUGUGUUUUGUGGAGCAGCUUUGAUUUAUCCAAACAGACAAUCUGAACAUGUCUUAACAUAUGACAUGCAGAUGUAUCUCUGGUGCUGUUGAGCAGUCCCAAAUGAGGAAAUGUAUUGAUGUAGAUUAUGGUCCAAUUCUCAGUUUACUGUUACUACUGGGUCAACGUUUCAUUCAGUGUUUCAGAGGUUUUUAUAAGGUCACUUUUAUUACUUGUAAAGGUGCCAAUUCUUGUUUUUGUAACGUUAAAGUUUGACUACUGGACUCUACUCUCUUAACUUUGGACGUUUGUGUCCUUUUACACCAAAUGUAUCCUUGCUUUUUUUCUUCCAUCAACAAUGGUGUAAAGACUGAAGACCAAAGAGGCGAGAGCUCUGUUGUUGUUUUUUUUUUUUUUUUUUUAAUUCUAUAUUUAAAGUUAAGCAUGAUUUCAGAACUGAAAGAUAGGAGUUUUAGACCUAAAAACAUGUCAAGUGAACAUACCAUCAGUGUGUCUGUGUCUACACAGGUUUCAUUGUUUGAGGGUGGACAAUUUCUCUUUGUGCCAUUUAAGUUAUGUUCAUAUUGUUUUAUUUAAACAGGCUGUGUAAGUUAAAACUUGAAAAUUCAAAAAAGGACACAUACAUUAAAUGAAAUUGUCUACAUG